AUGGAGCCUGGAAAUAUCAAGAAAACAUCAUCGUGCUCAAGUUCUGGUUCAUGGCUAAAUGAUCUUCGAAAUGUGCCGCACAAAGAUAUUGCAAAAUUGACAAUUUUUGCCAAAAAAAAAGUGAGUUUUCCUUGUUUGAUAGCAUAAUAAAGAUAAGAAAACGUAAACCUUUCAGGUCGAAAAAGCCGGUCGAAAAUUAUUUAAUAACGAUCAUCAUACAGCUACGAAUACAUUUGUGCCCUCGAAUAUUCUUCCACACGAGACUUCAGUUGCAGGUAUGUUUUUCUAAAAUUGCUGAAAUCAAUUCCUAAUAAGAGUUAUGACGUGGCAAAAAUCGGGAUUUUAGGGUCUCAAAAUGCUCGAAGUUUUCCUGCCAGAAAAUCCUGAUUUUUUUGAGCAUUUCGAGCCUAAGAAAGCCUAGUUUCUGGGCUUGUUUAGGCUCAAAAUGCUCCAAAUUUUCCUGCCAGAAAAUCCUUAUUUUUAGAGCAUUUUGAGCCUAAAUGAGCCUAGUUUUUAGACUCUAAGUCUAGGCUUUUCUAGGCUUGAAAUUCUCUAAAUUUUUAAUCUGAAUAAGCCUAGUUUUCUUAUCCGAAAUCUAGACUUUUCUAGGCUCAAAAUGCUCCAAAUUAUUCAUCUGGCCAAAAUUGAAAUUUUAGAUCCUGAAAUGGCCCGGUUUUUCGACAAAAUCUAGGCCGAAUCCCGAUUUUUUGAAAUUCUCGAAUUUUGCCACGUCAUAACUCAAAUUCAAGUUUCGUUUCAGUUCCUCCUCCGUAUCCAGAAGGUAAUUUUUUCGGAUGCGGUUUUCCUCCGCUGCCAACAACCAGUGCUAAUAAUAGUAAUCGUGAGUCUAUAAAAUUAAUUUAAUUAAUCCCAAUUUCAAUUUCAGCACCAUCUUAUGGCUGGGCUUUGAAUAGUGAUAAUAAUUCAUCUCAACCAAGUUCGUCUGCACUUAGUUUAGAUAUUGGAAUUGGCGACGAAACAGCUGGAUCUGGUUUGGAUUAUAUAACAAAUGAGAAUAUGAUGAAUCAAGAUGAAAUGAGUUAUUUGAAACCGAUUAACAGUGAAUUAGCAAGGAAAAUUGAAGGUAUCUAACAAGGAAUGGUUUUCAAUGUUCCCCCAAGGAAAAAAUCGAGAGUAUGUGGAAUGUUGAGGGUUCCCGUGGGUAAGAAAAACCCUAACGGGAAUAAGGAGAAAAAUGCCUUAUUCUCGAGAAAAAAUGUAUUUUAGGUCGAUUUUUACACCACUUUUUGAUUUUUAGAGCAUCUGUAACUCGAUUUUGAAUCUAUUUCAUGAACUUUUGAGUCGUGGAAGUUGUUCAGAAUGGUCGAUUAUGUGUUUGUGAAACUUUUUAUCAAAAAAUUAGACAUUUCUUGAAAUUUGGUUUUUUUAGUCGGGGUUCUUCUGAUCAAAUGGUCACCAAAAAACACAAAAAAUAAUUUUUUCCAUUUUCAAAUGAACGGAACUUGAAAAAUUUAUGACGGUCAACAGACGUAAUUUGGUCCGUAGAAUCCAAAAAUCAUAGUCUCGAUUCACACAAACUUCUCCUUUACAACGAAAACGUUGAUUUUCUAUGAAUUUUUCAAACUGGAUUUUUGAUUUAGUGGACUAUUGGGACCAAAAUUAUUUUAUUCCUAAUUUUAGUCGAAGUAAUACUAAAGUACGCCGUUUGCGCUACAAAUGGAUUUUUAGACUGACAUUUUUCAUUAAUUUUGAAAAAAGUUUCGAUUUUUCUAAAAAAUUUCAUCGCAAAAAUCAAUAACACCAAAAUUUUCUAAAACAAGGCAUUUUUCUCCUUAUUCCCGUUAGGGUAUUUCUUACCCAUGGGAACCCUCAACAUUCCAUAUACUCUCGAUUUUUUCCUUGGGGGAACAUUGAAAACCUUUCCUUGUAAGUUUUCUGGAAUAUUAUUUCUCUAAAAGCUUCAUUUCGCAGAGCAAAAAAGAGCUUAUCUGAAUGCUAAAAAACGCGUCGAAGAUGAACAUAUUCAGUUGGAUAUUUUGAUGAAUGAUGAUAAACAUUUGAGUGAUUUUUUGAAUCAAAUGUAUCCAGAAAACGGUUCACUGGUGAGAAAUUCUUAAAAGUGUUCCCCAGAAAAAAAAUCAAUAUUUUUUUAGGAUAUCGAAGCGAUUAGGGGUAAAAUAAUAGAAUUGAAUGAGAAAUUGGAGAAGGCUAGAAUUAAAGAUUCUGGACGAACACCGCCGCCAAGUGAGUUUUUUUUGGGGAAAAAAAAUUUUGAUCUACAAAAAAUUUGGGAACUACAGUACCCUGGAUAUUUAUUUUCUGAGAAAAAAUUGCCACGUGGAUUCGAUAUACUGUAGUUUUGGAAAAGUUCCAAAAUUUUUGAUCUACAAAAAAUUUGAAAACUACAGUAACCCUGGAUAUUAAUUUUCUGAUCAAAAAAUUUCCACGUGGUUUCGAUAUACUGUAGUUCAGACAGAGUUCCAAAAUUUUUAUCUAUAAAAAUUUAAAAGCUACAGUUCCCUGGAUCUUUAUUUUCUGACCAAAAAAUGCAUGCCACGUGGAUUUGAGCUAUUGUACUUCGGGAAAAGUUCCAACUUUUGAUCUACAAAGUUUGGGAACUACAGUAACCCUGGAUUUUUUUCUGACCAAAAAAUGCAUGCCACGUGGUUUCGAUAUACUGUAGUUUUGGAAAAGUUCCAAAAUUUUUGAUCUACAAAAAAUUUGAAAACUACAGUACCCUGGAUUUUUAUUUUCUGACCAAAAAAUGCAUGCCACGUGGAUUUGAGCUAUUGUAUUUCGGGAAAAGUUCCAAAUUUUGAUCUACAAAAAAUUUAAAAGCUACAGUAGCCCUGGAUUUUUUCUGACCAAAAAUCGCAUGCCACGUGGAUUUGAGCUACUGUAGUUCGGGAAAAGUUCCGGAGUUCUGAUCCACAACAAUUCCGAAACUACAGUCUAGUUUCAAAAAAUUUCCACGUGGAACCCAGUUUUUAAAAAAAUUUCCACAUCUUUUUCAGGACCACCUCCACCACGUUCAACAAGUCAAGAUUCGACUACAAGUAACUGGAAAUGUUCAAAAUGCGAUGCUGAAAAUGUCAACAAUCAUUAUCGAUGUCGAAAAUGUGAUCUUCCAAGUCGAAGAAUUGAUCCGAUUGAAUCCACUAAUUGUAAAUGUGAAAAUUGUUCAUAA